UUGCGCGGAACCUCAUUCCCAGUCUCGCGUCCCAUGGAAGAGGUCCUCGCUUCCUUCCUAACUUCCCCAUAGUGCAACCAUAGGAUGUAAACAGUGGUGCUUCCCAUAAGUUUCUAACCAUGUGUUAAUUACUGCAAGUGAGGAAUCCUUCCUUGCUAUGAAAACCAAAGACAUGUCCGAAGAAGACCCCAAUUCCGAGGAGGUGGUUCCGAUUCCGGUCCAAAUAUUCCUUUGGAGACAAACCACCCCGUUUGUAAGACCGCGCCUCGGAAAAGUUCACGAUGCCGCCUGCAUGUUCUGUCAACGUGCUCCUGGACACCAUGAAGUCAAAGAAGCAUGUAAGUCGUUUGAAAAAGUUCUGGUUCAGAACUUGCGCUUCGGCCUAUCCAUCAGCUUAGCGGAAGCUAUAGAGUCCAUUCCACGAUGGCGACUUAUACAAGCAUCCCUACCCCAUGUGAUGCAUGCAUUGGCAGCAUUGCUGCACAACAGAGUAAAGGACAACAUGCAAUCAUUGGGGAACGUGGAAACAAAGCUGCUGUACACAUUGCAUUGGAUCCUCCUUGAUGCAUCGGAUGAAUGCAUUGAGAGUGACUAUGAGAAUGGAAUCUACUACUCAAAUCCUUUCCAUUAUCUGUUUUCAAUACCUGCUUUGACGCUGUUUGUGUUCCUGUUUGCGCCACUGUCUCACCACCUGAAAGAGUCUGACUUCACAAACAACUAUCGGUUAGAAAAUGGCCUUAAGAUGUGGCAAGCGAUGUGGGAGUUCAGGCACCCGGAAGCCCCUUGCUUCACCACACUGGUCAAGCCAAAGCCCAAGCCUCUAGGUGGCAAGUAUUCCAAGAGACACCAGCCAGGCGACGUGUUUAUGGGACGAAAACUGUCGAAAGAGGAAGGAGGUGGUGGUGGGAAUGUGAAUGGAAGUCCGCCCAGCCAGAACGUGUCGAUGUCGCAGUCGGAAGUGACGUCAAAACAGGCCAGCACUGAGGAGGAACCGUGGCUGUCUUCUCCCAAAGACACCAUAUUCCCUGAAACUAUUCCUGAAGAGAGUUCUAGUACUGAGGAAGAACAUGUGUUUAUAUACCGGCUUCCUUCGGAGCAAAAUUUCGGUGGUGCUGUCAAAGAAGCUUACACAGUGUACGCUGCGGAUCCCAGUAUUUUCCAACUGCGUAAGACCGACCCCUCAAAGCCGGGACUGCCAGGCAUCAAACCUUUGCCACAAAUAACUAAGAUGAGUUCGUCAGAUAAAGAGUCUUUAUCGGACAGUGGCGGCGGCGGCGGUGGGGGUGGUCCCACAAAAGGCACUCCUACUUCAACAGAGAAAGCACCCACAGCUAAACAAGGAAACGUGUCAGCUGCAACUUUCCUGGAUGUAGCCACGAUGCGAUGUUUAUUUACAUCGCAGUGGCAAGAAGAAGGCGUGUAUUGGGCUUUACACUAUUUAUAUAACAGACUUCGCGACAUAUGCGACGACAUGUCCAAACAAACGCAACCGAGGAAAAGGAGCAAUUCACUGCCGAUACCGAAAAUAGAGGUCUCCGUAUACCAGAGUCCAGAUAUAAAGGACAGAGACUCACUCAAGAACUUCAUUGAAGUUCCAGAAGUCAAGGACAUGUCUCCAAUAACAGAAAUGCCUUUUGCAUCACCACCGAAAGCUGAAGAGGAGAACGUCAUGAUGCGAAGGUCCAGCGAGAAGAUAAAAAAGAAAAUGAAAAUGGCGGACUUAAAAGCGUUUGUCGAAACAAAGUUGUUGUCGAAAUCAGAAAAGGCGCUAGAGAAAAUUGGCCACGACGAACACAAGACGUUCUCCUUCCACUCUGCAGUUAGGAUGCUAUCUGAAUACCACAGAAGUCUGGACAAUACGGACGAUCGGCCUAAUUCUGCGCUAGCGAGUAACUUCCCCCCAAUAGCCCCGAGACUCACUGGUGAUUUGUUCCACUGCAACCUUAUCAAAGGGAAAAGUAUGCCCAGCCUUAGCUGUUUGAUUGAUGAGCUAGCAUCCAAUGGGUACAUAGACGAGGUGAGAACAGAACGAACUCAGGGCCCCUCAAACACGAUGCCCACAAAUGCGCAGAAGAAAAAGAACCCUAUUAUAACUGUCACUGAACAUACGCCUACACCAUCACCGGAUUAUUUGUCGAAGACUAGACAGGGAUCACUAGAAUCUCAAAUAGACUCAGUCAGCAUGCAAGGGUCUCAACACAUCCCUACACCAGAACGCAAGCCUAGCCUCACACGCUCUCAGACCGACUCCAACAUUACUUACGUGGUUGAAGAAAUACAAGAGGCUCCCGGAUCUUUGCAUUAUAUCACAAAAGAUGGCGAUAUUGAUUUCCAAGUUGUUCUUAAAGCCGUAUACUCCGUAUCAACGAUGGACAGUUUCUACAUAACUCUUCGUGUAAUGGAAGUCAUGUUGAACUUGGUAGAUACUCUCAUGGAAAUGGGCGUACACAAAAACUGGCAAAAUACGAAGAACGAUGAACCGCAACCGGGUAACGUUGACCCUAUGGCUGAUUUUAAUAAGGAUAAGGACAGCAAAGAAAGAGAUUCUGGUAUCCCAUGUGCUCAAAGUCAAGAUUCCACAAACGUGGAAGGAGGCGAUAGUACAAAGGAGAAAACGAGAGAAGAAGACAAUUUGGAUUGUCCUUAUUACAUGAUAAUGCAUGUUAUACUCAGGUUACUCCGUCAACUAGGCUGUUCCCACGGUUGCACGACAGCCCUCCGAGGUCCUCAAGCCGAAUGCCUCCGAGUUCAAGCUCGCAACUCGCUACGUCAAUUACGUUCAGCUUCCAUACCAAAGUUCACGGCUCGAUUGAAGGAAAUGACCAAAUAUUCGCCCAUACGAGAAGUGCUGGAUAACUUGCAUGCGGCUGUUGGGUUCUGUGCUGAACCUUCUACUUUGGUUUCUCCCAUGAACCAACAAAAACGCAGUUUCACGAAAUCUCCAGAUAUAACGAAUCUGCAGUCGGGAUACGCGUCUAACUUCGGCGCCGGUCAGGGACCGAAUGCGAGCAGAGCUAUAGAGACAUUCAUCAUUGAGACUACCUUCCGAGUUCUUGUUACGAGGUUCGCUUUAAUGCAUAAAGAGUUGAAGAUGCUUGAUAAUUCUACAUUAUACAUGGAAGUUCGUUUACUACUGAGCUAUGUACGCGAAGCUCACGGCGGAGAGUUUCGAGUGGUCGCGUUUAGCGCAUUGAUGGACACCGCAGAAAGACCUGACAGCCAACUGAAAGAGUCUAAUAUGCAGACUACUAGAGUUAUUAGACACAUUCCUCGUCAAAGCGAAGAGGAACGUAACUCAGACACGGGCGCGGACUCUGGCUGUGCUCCUGACGAGCGAUCACAUAAGAAGUUUACUUUCAAGAAGAGAAGCACUUCUUCUACUGGGGCACAUAGCCUCUUAGAAACAGAAGGCGGCGAGGAAUCAGCGAGCCAGUCGCCACUCUCAGUGCGGACACGGCGCUACCAGCUCACGCCGCGACAAUCUGAGCGAACCAUCCCGUCCGCCUCCUCCGCAGACAUCACGCCGCAUCACAAGAUCUCCCACUCCAAGUCUAUCCCGUCAAAGUUCCACAUCGCAGGCAUUGUAAAUUGGUUCCGUCAAAAACCUCAUCAUUCUCAAUCCUUGAUCCGCAAUGGAGGUGGCUCAGGAGAAUCGCUGCCGAUCUCUGGUAGUAUGAUAUCUUUGGCUCGACCACCGCAUAUGCCGCCUCCACAUACGUCCCGCCCUGUACAUGUGAAGCGUAGAGUUGGAUAUACUUUGAACAGGGCUCGAAAGAGGGUUGAAGAUAGACUGAACAGAUUUGGACUAAGAAAGAUGGGCAAAAAGAGAGAUGGCAGCAUUGAAGAUACCAGUGGCGGUUAUAUGUCCCGUCGUGGCUCCGCAGAGGGCGGGUCGGGCGGAGGCGAGUCAGAGGUAGUAAUACUAAAGCGACGACGCCUCGUGGCCGCCGCGCCGUUAUACGCAGGACUGGCGCGUUUCAACUUUCUUUUGGAUGCAACGCAGCCGGGCGGGACUCCGGACGCGCUUUUCAUGGCCGCUCUGUUGGAUUUGCCACAUACCGUGGUUGUUGGAAGAGCUGCAAUACUUCUAGAAUGUGCGCAUUUAGUACAUAACUGUAAUAAAGGACAGUGGCCUUAUUGGCUGAAGUCAAAUACGUCCAAAGCGGCUGUGUCUUUGAACCCUCAACUGAAGAGGCAACGUUUAGCUGGCAAGCUGUUUUAUCAAUGGGCAGAAGCUAUAGGAAACAGACUGGAAGAAAUGUUGAUAGAAGACAAAAAGCACAUCGAUACGGUCGUCAACUUAGUUAACGAUCCAGAUGGACAGCGAGAACUCUUGCAGCAAGAUGAGGAAGAGGAUUUCUUAGACGAAGCCAGCAUACGUCUCCCUGGAAAACCCGUUGGUGCCGACUGCCCUCGAGCCCUCAGAAUCAUUGCGUGUGUUCUUCUAUUCGAGAUCACAGCAUUCCUACGCGAAACCUAUCAAAACCUGCCGAAGACAAACCGAUCCUCGCUAAAGGAAAGAGGACCCUGGGACAGAGUUUACAGGGAGGCUAACCGUCGAUGGAGUAUGGCUCUCUCGAGCAUGGGCCACUCGCAGGCGUCUGCGCAAAGCUUGCAAUCCAUUGCGGGAGCUGAGACAGAGAGAAAGAUAUCAUUCGUACUACAUGAACCGGAGAAUGUGUCUGGUGGAAGCAAUGUUACGUUAGCAGAUGCGAUACCCCCGGCGGUGGACGAUAAGAAGGGUCGUCUUGGAUCUCGCGGCAAAGCGGGCAUGCAUCGUCGCAAUACUCAGCAAACACACUCCGCUUAUGGCUCGUUCAAACGACGAUCUAUCAAGCUCAGACAAAAGGAUACUAGAGAUGUUGUAGAUGAAUUUGUAACGAGAAGGUCAGAUUCGAUACAAAGCAGACGGAAAGUGUCUUCGCUGUCCGAUAGAAGUGAUACUUCAGAAGUUUAUCCGGGUGCAGGAGGAACAGUAAUUAUGUCAAAUGAAGUGGACAGCGGUGGUGAGGAAAGUCCUGGAGUACUUUCUGAUGAUCACGAUCAUCCACCGGAUAGUCCAGACAGCAAUUCUACCGACCCUCCCGAUACUAAUAAAGGAUUCCCAUGGCUUAAGGUGAUGGUAAAGUUCCUCAACUCUUUCAAUUACGUAUGCUGCCAUCAAAAUUUCUGUCAUCCCUACUGCUUUAGACGAAACAUGAGAUCCAGUGUGCGACUUAUGAAGUCCGUACAAAAGAUUUAUGGUGAGAAGUUUGGCCCAGAAAUUAAUACGACAAGUUCUGACGAAGGAAAUGGUGGGACGCGCCGAGGGCGACGCUCUCGCAAGUCCUCAGAGCAUUCUACAGAUAGAAUCGAGCGGUCUGUAAUCGAGAGCGCUGGUUUAGCGUACCGAGCUGCGGGUGGGGAACAAAGCAAUCUUGCGGCUGAAGGAGUGCCUUCUAAACCAGCUGCCGUGCCUUAUCCGCCUGUAGACCCGCCUCCUAUACUGAAGUAUUUGAAGGGACAGGUCCGAGACGCCUACCAUACUCCUUUAGCAACCUUAAUCAAAGGUGCCACAACUAUGGGAGAGGACAUGUUCGCAGAAUGUGCUCCAGUAGCUUGGCAGUUACUACUAGAAUCUGAUCGAGAACUCAGUUCUUGUGCCGCGGCACUGUUUAUAUUAGCUGCGGUAAAAGCCCCGACUACCGCUACUGAGAUCAUGCAUAAUGAUUUGAAGCAUAGCGAGCCGAGUACCAGAAUAAACGCAAUCCUAAGAUUCCAAGUAAUGUGGAAGCUCAGAUACCAAGUAUGGCCCCGCAUGGAAGAAGGUGCUUCCGUCACAUUCAAAGUGCCUCCCCCAGGCAUUGAGUUCACGUUACCCUCCCCUAAGAUCGGCAUCGAGUCGCUCGCUGUAGUGGACCCACCGUGGACCCCACAGGUUAAAGACAAGGAUAUGGAGAUGACUUUGAAUCAGGAAAGACAUCGUUCCCUAGUGACAGCAACGAAAACUCGCAAGAAACAGCAAACGGAGGCAAUAAAGAGAGCUCUUCAACAACGUAAUGAUAAGAAACGUGCGGAGCGAGAGAGUUUCCUUAUCACUACUAUACCGAUCACGAGGCAGGCUGCCCGGGAACCCGCUUUGGAUCAUGCGGCUGAUGAUCAUGUUGACCCACCAGCUGACGAAGAAUUAGUGGAAGGUGUCCGAGGUUCUCAUCACACACAAGUAGCUUCCGCAUUGUUCCCUUCAACAUUAUGCUCUGCUGUAGCCGAGAUUGUUUCUCUGCUAGACGAUGCUGCCGUUUCUAGAGACGGAUGUUCGGUCUAUGAAGUGGCUUAUCAGGUUAUCUGGUGUUGCCUCGUAGAAGACUCAGCACUAUUCCUCCGCCAUGUUCUUGAAAGAUUAACACGCGACCAUCAAGACGAGAUGUUCAAGCUACUCCGUCAUUUGAUCCGGUUCAUUCCGCGAUUACCACAGCAAGCUGCCUUUGCGCUUUACAACUAUAUUAUAGGGUAUGUCAUGUUCUAUGUGAGGAGUCCCCAUGAAGAGGGGCAGAGGCUCGUUGGUGCUGCCUUGUCUAUAUUGUGGAUGGUGGUUCACAGUGUACACGGUAUAAUGUUCAAAGAUCUGAAGCAGAUUUUGCGCAAAGAGCAAUGCGAUGCUUCUAUUCUUCUUACUGCUAAUGUGCCUGCUGCUAAAAAGAUUAUCGUUCAUGGCCCACCUGACAACGAAGGUUGCAUUCCGUCCCAGUUCCCUGUGCAAGAAGACACAGUAUUUGCUCAAAUACUCAAAGAGUCGCUCGAUUUCUUCGGCAUACCAGAGAAGUUACAUCGAGAACAUUUCCUUGUCGACUUUAAAACACGUCAAAUUCACAACCCACAAGGUUACGUUCGAGACCACUAUUUCUUCAAACGCUCCCAGUACCCUCAAUUAGGAUUGGUCCACAUGGAACCCGAUGAAGCAUUUCAAAAACUGCAAGAACAAGAACUCUUGCAGAAGUUCGUUGAAAUAGGAAAAGUUUUGCUUACUUGGGCUAUAUUGAAAAAUGUUGAUAUGGUGGUCCAACGUGUAGUAUUUCUACACGAUGAACUCAUGAAGUUGCCAUCAUUCCCCCGCAAGGCUCUUGAAGCAGAUCUCGUUCUAUACAGUCGCGGAGCCUUGGGAUCUACACUUUUAGGCUUAGAUGUUUUACAUAAGUUUAUGUGGGUACGACUAAUAGCUCGAAUGUUUGAAGCUAUGGCAGGAAACUUCACGUCAUCACGAGAUAUUCAUUUGUUCCUCAACGUUCUGAAUGGUGCUCUAAUGUUGCAUAGCGAAGACUCUUUGAUACUCCGAUAUGUUAUUGCCACGUAUGUCAAUGCUGCUUUUAAUUUUAAAAGCAUAUUUUCUACAAAUGGGUAUUUGCUCAUCAUGCCAACAUUACUACAAAUAUACUCAAACUUCCAAACAAAUAAGCUAGUCACUACAACGAUUGAGUACGCGGUCAAACAGUUUUAUUUACUAAACCGCAAACCAUUUAUUCUGCAAAUGUUUGGCUCUGUGUCCGCCAUUUUGGAUACAGAUGAAGAAUCAACUUAUGGAGAUGCAAGUAAAGUACAGUCAAGCUGCCUCUUCAACCUCCUUCUAAGUUUAGAAACUCCAUCACCUGACCCACUUCACAUAGCUGAGUUAAUCAAGGAAGAGAAACCACUAAAGCCGAUAGAUUUCUGCUAUCGUGAUGAAGAGGAGAUGGUCAAUGUGUUGGACUGUAUCAGCCUUUGCGUUAUGGUCGUGUCGUAUUCUGCUGAAAGCAUGAGGGGGUAUCAGAUGUUGAUAAUAUUGGAAGCAAUACUCCCAUGCUACGUAAAGCAAAUUCAACUGCCCACCUACAAUCGAGAAGGAAAAACAGAGAAAGAAAUUAUACAGCAACUUGCCAUUGCUAUUAAAACACUUGUGAAUAACUGCGAAGGACUAUCUAAAUCUUACAACGGCCCAUACAGAACGUCUCCCGAACAUAAAGGCUCGUCACAGCGGACGGGGCCGCGUACUGCCGCCGCUACUAUCAUUGCCUUUGAGGAGUCACACUCUAAGUACGAUAACUCUAAGAUGCCUGUACCUGAGUAUACGGGGGCUGAGGAUUCUGAGUUGGUGCGUGCAGAAUACCGCAGACCUCGCGAUGUGUUACUAUCGUUAGUGGGUGAAUUUAUCGGACGUGCGACUACGCGUUUGUUGGAAAUCAAUGGCUCUAACCGCAGCGGUGGCACUGAAGGGAAACCUGUGGAGUUGCUGGAUUCUAAAUCACAUGCUCGCCUUGCAGAAAUAGCUCACUCUUUGCUAAAGGUAUCUCCCUACGACCCGGAGUCUAUGGGCUGUCGUGGCCUACAACGUUACAUGACUCAAGUGUUACCUGCCGCCGAUUGGGCAGACGAUGCUUUGAGACCAGCCCUUAUUAUGAUACUGAGAAGAUUGGACAAAGUCUUCCUUAAAAUUGCUAAGAAGCCUAGCAUUAGGAGAAACACUGAUUGGGAUUCCGCAGCAGUUCUCUUGAAGGGAGUUUAUGAAACGAUGAUUCGUUGUCCCUACAUAAUGCAUUGGCAACAUGUGAAAACUCUGCUCAAUACCGUUCAAGCGCUCAUAGUAUCAGACAACAAUUGUGGAGAGAACUUAUCUUCGGCUACUGCAGCGCUUAUGUCUCAACCGCCACCGCCACAUUUCUGCAGCACAGUUGUUCGAUUAAUUGCGUUGCAAAUUAUUAACACUGGUGAUAGUUAUUCGCUAGAACAAAUGUGUGGAGGCAGUGCAUCGUUUCCAACUGGAGAGAAAACUGAAAACAUGCUCAUGAAUCUAUUCAUGCCUCUUUGUUUACGUGUCGGUAGUGGCAGAAAGGAUGUACCCCCUCUCCGUCAAUCCGACGUCAGCUACUUAGUAUCAGUAGUACUAAACGCCUUAUGUCCCCCCGCGCCGCCGGGACAACUGGCAGCCGUCAACGCUAAGCUCAAUGCUUCGGAUAACCGGGCCAAUUCUCUUACAUUCACUGGCAGUCGAGAUACUAGGAACACUACGAGGCUGUCCAAUCAAUUGUAUAGGAUUGCUUUCUUGGCACUUAAAGUGAUGUGUGCGUGCUUCACAAGCGAGCUGUGCACAGAGUGGGGUCGCAUAGCUCGCGCCAUGAGAGACCUCGGCAGAAGGAAUGAAGCUGCUCAUCAUUUGUGGGACUUCUUAGAGCAUGUGGUCACAUAUAGGACACCUUUAUACAUUCUGUUACAGCCGUUUAUAGUGCAUAAGCUGUCUCAACCUCCCAUCGGGGACAACGAGCGUCACAUGCAGUUUGUAGUUCGGGAACGCGUGAGAGGGCUCAAGUUACCCGCCGCGAGGGCAAGAGGUGCUUUACUAGCCGAAUUGGCGAGGGAACUGAGGCAUAUGCGCGAUACACAUGAUCAGUAUAAGUUUGAACAAAUAGCAGAAAACCUCGGUCAAGCCGGCGGGAAACGUGCUUCCGAAGUGUUUCCCCGUACAACGACGGUGCCCGACAAACAUCAACAACAUCGACCUUCGUUGAUAUCAAUGUUGGUAGGCAGGGGAGGGACGGGAGGACUGCCUAGAACACCUGAUCAUCCGUCCGCACCUCUUUCUGCACAACGAGAAUCGUUAUCAAGUAGCUCAACUACAAGCCAGCAUAUGCCAACGUUUGAGGCUCAGCUGAACAGCGGCCGACUGAGCGACACCAGCAACAAUAACGUUAGCAGUGGCAAUUCGCAUAUAGGUUCAUUGAACAACUAUGGAAGUGACAAGCCAACCGCCAGUACUCCCUCAUAUACAAGCACACAAACUAAACUAAGAUUUGUGCCGUCCGUAGAACUAAAGUUCACGUCUGGGGAAACAUCAAUGAGUCCAUUAUCCCCGAUGUCACCGGGCGAGGCGUCUUGCGGCGAAUGCAUCCCCGCUCGUCCGUCCGACAGUGACAUGUUAGUGGGCGAGAACUCCGACACGGCCGACGCCGAGAGGCCGCGGUUGCAGCGAGCUCACGGACCUUCGAAGAAGACUUUCAAGUUCCGACGCAGUAGGCAUACUAAGCCUGAUGUCAGCCACGUGCGCCUGGAGUCAGAUGACGGCUCGUCCCCGGGCCCCGAGUCCACGCCUCUCCGCCGCGCCUGGUCACAGCCGCCAUUCCUCCAACCUUCCUACAUCAACACCGACACUUCAUACGACAGCGAAAUCUCGCAGACCUCUUCAACGUCCGGAUACAGGCUAGCAUUACCUAACCUUCAGGAGAGCUACAGCCUGCAGGCGUCGAUGACGGAGUCGCCGGGCGGCAGCACGCGGGCCGCGCUGGCGUCGCCGGAGCCCGAGCGCGCCGCCAGCGCCACGCCGCACGCCAGCCCCGACGCUUCUCUAAGCUGCGAAUCGGGGACAUCAUCUGCUGAGAGAACUGCCCUACUGGGUGCAGCUAGCCAACGCUCUUUGUUGUUAAGUAGCGACCUGAGAGAUGAAGAUACACUCCUUUGAACUGGUUCCAAAACUAUGCGCCUUGGCUAUAACUCUUCAGAUGCCUAAUUCCGUAGCCGGACUUGGGUUCCAGUCCAUCUAGAUUCCUUGGAUAUGAUAUUAGGGAAGCUCUUGUAUCAGUCAGAGGUUUACAUGGCCAGGGAAAAUGGAAAUAGAAGAUAAAAAUAAUUGAUAUUAGCACAUGGUCUAUAUGUCUAAGUAUAACUUUUCUGAUUGAUAUUUGAAAACACUGUAGCUAUGUAUGGUACUGUUUUUUUUAAGUCUUUCUAGGAGGCUUAUUAUAAAGCAGUGUUAAUAAGUCAAUAAGUAUGAUUCAUCACCAUUCAUAAAUAUACAUUAAAACAAUUUUAUCUUCAAAAAUAAUAGGGUUUUGGGAUAAGAGAUAAUUAAAUGGAGAUUAAAUAUUUUAACCAUCUCAAACGAUUUUGUGUGAUGUAACAUUAUGGAACAUUUGCCUUUUAUUAAAUGGAAGAUGUUCAUUUUCAAAAUUAGGGAAUUUUAAAAAUUGUUACUGUAAAACAAAAUCAAAAAUAAUACUAAUGGG